AUGCCUGUGAAUUCUGUGCUUACAUACGGAGAAGAGGUGUUUAUGACUCUUGUAAGCGGUUUGCUUUGCUUUGUGGACCUGCCUCGACUCCGUGAAGAAACAGGCAUAUGGCUAGUACCUGCACCGAUGAUAACCAAAUUGGCCAUAAUGCAUUUUACAAAUAAACCUCACCUGCUAAUACUGGGAACGGAAAAUGGUUUCAAGUGGUUUCGCAAUCUGACUCUCCACAAGUCACGAAUAACAUGCAUUGGUGUUUCGAGAAAUUCUGUUGACCCUCACAGGCACGAUGAUAGUGGUCUAUUCGUGAGUGGCAGUGUGGACGGAAGUAUUCGAUUGUGGAAUGCUUUGACAGGCGAGUGCUUGCAGGUCUUUGAUGACCGAACACCAGUAGCGAAACGUUGGCAUUAG